UGUGUGUGUGUGUGUGUGUGUGCAGAUGUGGAGCUGCUGUCGAUGGAGAGCACUAAAGCGAGCUGCUGGGUGAAUCACAACCUCCGUGCGCACGAGGAGCAGUGGAAGGAGGACGACUGCACCUUCUGUCAGUGUGUGGACGGAGAGCCGCACUGCACCGCCAUGGCCUGCAAACAGAGCUGCCAGAACCCUGUUAAGAUCCCUGGAGAGUGCUGCCCCUUCUGUGAGGAGCCGUCAUAUGAGACGGUGAGCCCGCUGCUCUGCCCACCGUUGGAAAACUGCUCUCUCUCUGGGCACGACUGCCCAUUCGGCUUCCAGCAAGACCCUAGCGGCUGUCUGCUGUGCCAGUGUGUCAGCAAUGAAACCUGUCCUGAUGUGCCCACGUACUGCUCUCUGGAGUGUCCCCUGGGUUAUGAGAAAGACAACUAUGGUUGUGAAGUGUGUGAAUGUAGUGUAUCUGCACCAAAAUGCCGCCCCAUGACCUGCAGCAAGACGUGCCCUUAUGGAUACAUGAGGAACAAGCACGGCUGUGAGAUUUGCCGCUGCGUCCGCUGUCCGCCGUUCACCUGCGACAAACACUGCGGCGGCGGCUUCAGAAAGAGCAGGAAGGGCUGCAGCGUCUGCGAGUGUGAAGAUGCAGACACCGUCUCCUCCAGCUUCUGUCUGACGGCGAGCGGCCAGCGCUUCGAGGAUGGAGACGGAUGGCACGACGGCUGCCGGGACUGUUUCUGUCGCGCCGGCCGAGAGAUGUGUGUGCUGAUCACCUGCUCCGUACCCACCUGCACCCACCCUGUGCUCCACCCAAACCAGUGCUGCCCCGGCUGUGAGGACGAGUCGGGCAGCGGGCAGCCGGAGGGUCUGGAUCUGGUGGUGUGUCGUGCUCCCGGCGGAGAGCUGUUCGUGGAGGGAGAGACGUGGCGUCUGGACGAGUGCACCAGCUGUACGUGUCGACUGGGAAGAGUGUUGUGUGAUUCUGAAGCGUGUCCUCCAGUUCUGUGUCACACGCCUGUCAGGAGCAGAGACGGCUGCUGCUACGUCUGUCCAGAGGACAAACUGGAGACGCUGCGUCCCGAGUUCUGCGUCUCCAGCUCUGGAGAAAUCCUGCAGGCCGGUGAUUCGUGGAAGCCGAACGCCUGCAGCAGCUGCGUCUGCCGUAAUGGGAGCGUCCAGUGCUUCUCGCAGCAGUGUCCGGCUGCCGACUGCAGGGUCCCUGUGCUGCGGAAGGGCCAGUGCUGCCCGCAAUGCAUGCUGGAGAUCACGAGCACAUCAGUGCCGCUAAUGCUGUCGACGGCUGUCACCGAGAGCCGGAUCACCGCCGCUCCUCCGGUCCUCUCCGUCACCGAUGGUGAAGGUCUCUCGCGGGACGUCCCGAGCCAGACGCAGAUGACGCUCAUCUACCAAUCAGCGGCCUGGAUUCUGGCGGGAAUCCUGCUGGCUGUGGUCAUCUUCCUCCUGGUGGCCAUCCUGGUGAACCGCAGGAAGAACUGGGUUCAGAUGUCCUGCUACAGCGCGCCCAAGAAGACGGUGAUCCUGCAGAAACACGUGAAUAAGAGUUUGCUCGUCUACAUGGAGCCGUCCAGAGAGAACCAGUUCCAGAGUCUGAAGAGCGACGGCUCUGUGAGCUUCCCGACAGACGCCAGCGGAGAGCAGAUCUCCAUCCCUCGCGCUAAACUCGCCAGCGGACACGUCGAGCACUAGCGUCCGUCUCACUCUUCAGAAGCCAGAAACUCCACCGAACGCUGGCGACUCCUGGAGCUUCGGCCUCCAGCGCAAGAACAACCAAGUACUGUGAACCGCUCGACAUCUCCCGCUUUAUUAGUGUUUGUAUGAUGUUCGGAGCGUCCGACACUUUGACAGACGUGGAGCAGUUCGGCGUCGUUCCAUGAUGGAGAAUCUAACCAAACGUUCAGGAACCAGACGGAUCUUCUGACUGCUCACAGAUAUUGGUGAGAUCCAUACGGACCACAGUAAAGAGAUCUGCAUCAUAUUCUGAGGCCUUACGGCACAGACGUGUUUCCGGACCUCUCCAGUCUGUUUUUCGUUUCUAUACGUUCAAGUGUUUUACUUGUAGUUUGUUGUUAGUCGCUUAUAAGCCUCGUGACGGACUAAACAUUCCCCACGUUCAGAACCAACUCGACUUUUUAUAUCUUUUUUUGAAUGUAAUAUAUAGAU